AUGCAAGGAGAACCGAAGGCUGGCAGUAUUAGCAUUGCUUAUGUUAGCCACACUCUGCAAGCACUCUACGGCGAGCUGACUAACUGCACGUUCCUGGUAGCGGAGAAGAUGGCGUGCUACUGGCCCAACAGGCUCGUGGACGAGUUCUUUAUUCGAGUCCACAAGCAGUACUUCCACGACUGCUCGAUGUCUGGACGGCUUCUUAGAGACCCACCCAACAGAAUUCUGGGACCGUUCAUUGUUUUGCCCAUCCUGGUCACACUCCUAAUGACAGCGCUGGUGGUGUGGAGGAGCAAACGCAGUGAGGGGAUCGUUUAGGAGGAGGGGGAAGGAUAAAAAGACUACAGAUUCACACCUGGAACGAAAUCAACUUAAAACCAGACUCUAAUACAGUGAUUCUUGAGUGCACGGACAGUAAUAUGCAGCUCUUUUCUAUCGAUAUACCAACAGUCAUAGGUUCAAUAAUUCUUUGGUAUACAGAGCAUACAUGAGCUGAACUUUGUACCCAAAUAUGUUUUGGACCAGGAUAAUGGCUAGUGGAACAGAUUGUAAAUACAAAACAAUAAAUUUGAGGAAAAACUGCUUCAAAGAAUUUCCAUUGUGGUGACCAUGCCACCACUUACAAGAACUGCACAACUAUUUUUGGAGUCCAGGGAAAUUACUGUUACCUACUACAGUCAACAGCAACACAGGAAUGAAAUGGUGUUCUGGACUGUCCCAAAAAAAGAACUAUUUUACACCAUGGCUCAGAUUCAACAAGACAAGUACUGCAACCUCUGUUAGGGAAGCCAGGUAUCAAAGAGUAAAUGUAUAUAUACAGACCAUAGACUGUAUAUAAGUGUGGACAACACAUCUGUCUCCUUCACAAAGUGAAGCCAAAAUUCACUCGCAAAGCGCACUUACACAUUGUGGUGUUGAUAUCAUUCAGGCCUUGGGCAGAAGGAAUCUGGUUGGUGAAGCUGCAUAAUUGUCAUCACGCCAUAUCCGCAAACCAAAGCACACAUUCAACACACUGACAUAACAUCAAAGAUCCCUCGGGUCAGAACAGUCCACAAAUUGGUUUGAGUGUCAAUUUUGAAGCAGACACUCACAAAUAUGUAAGUUUAGCUGACUCUUGUUUUAGCCUUCAGCAUAUUUCCUCUUGCCUUUUCUCAUCUCCUCUGCAUAUCUGUUAAAUAGCGGUGCAGGAGCCUGAUUUGUCAAUCAUGUCAUGCUGUUUGAUGCUCCUUUUCUCAUCAAAUUACUAAACCUCUCAGAAAAGUGAACACUUGAACAUAAAUCAGCAUGAUUAGAACUUUAUAAUGACAAACAUUUAUUUGAAAUGUUUUAAUUUUAAAGUUUGUACUAUGUUGAAUUUGAUGAUAUGGAGGAGGCGGGUUUUAUGACUUAUAUUGCAGCCAGUCAGCAGUGGAAGGUUUAUCUUUUGGCUUCACUCUCGCAAGCUCUUUUAUGUCCAUUCUUUAUACAGUCUAUGGUACAUACUGUGUACACACAAUAUGUACAAUGUGGAUUGAAUCUGUCAGAUUGUCUUUGUAACCCUGUCAAGGCAACAAACCAUUGUCCGCUGAAGUAAUCGCUCCAUGAAUGCAAAACAUUACUAUUUCUAACAAAGUUAUUAUAUUGUUAUGUAUUAUAUUUAAAUAUAUUCUCUGAGUCAGGCAUACGGCGUCUUCUUCUAGAGCAAGUAGAAUGUGAAUUUGUUACAUUUUCUUUCCUCACCUUGUAUCAACCAACCUGGUCUCAUGUAUCUGCAAAAUCUAUCUGCAAGUCAGUCAUCUUCCAAAUGGGAUACCGAGAGAUGAUUCCAUGGCACAAUGCAUUCUGAACCAGCAGGAAAAAUGUAGGAGAUAAUGAUGCUUCAGAUGAAAGAUAUACAGGUGAAAGACGGCAGUACACAGAGAGGAGGGUGUCUUCGCAGGGUGCCAAUUUGGACGGGCUGUGUGUUGUAUGUGUUUUUUGGCAUCUGUCCUCUAUCACCAAGGAGACUGAUAUGAAGAAAUGCCAGUGAACACACCGGUGGACGUGGUUGAAAGUGAGAACGUUGAAAACUUUUAUGUACAGGAGGAGGUUUGAUGACGACAGAGAAUUUAUUAACCAAAAUUUCUUACAUUCUUUAUGAUUUUUCUCAAACAAAGAUCUCUGUUAUCCAUGUUUUUUUUUCACCAUAUUUAAAGAUAUUAUCCCAGCAGUUACCACAUUUAGUAAAUCCAAUUGAGGGGGUUAUUCAAAAAAGGUUUCAAGAAUGAAUAAGAGACAACUGUGGAGUCUAACUACAGAGAAAAAUAUCAAGCAAUCGGUUAGCAAACGCACUCUCUCUGUGGAACAUAGCCUGAAGCACACUGUGUAUCCUAGACCUUAGGAUUUUAUCGAUUCAGGAUCUUCAAGUGUGGUAGAGUGUGCUGUGUGACCUGUUUCCUCAUUGAUAUUUUUGAAUGCUAUCUUUUCCUUUAUAGAUUCAUUGACCUGUAACCUGCCUGUCAGCAAAAAAAAACACUUUUUACACACCCACACUUGCCCGACAUGAUAUUAUUUUAUACUUUGUGCCAAAAGCUCUCUGAGAAGAAAUAACAGAGGGUAAUGUUUGCUUUUAAGUGUCUAACUUUCUGUUGGAGUGACUUUAAAUGGUUGCAUUUUAAAAAUCUGUGAUCAUGGAGAAAAGAUGAAUAAAAUGUCUGAGUAACGUG